AAAUCCUGCACUCUCUUGAUCUUAAUUCACAAUCUGUCUCUUUCCGGACUUCAGUUAGACCAACAUGCAAAAGAGAAACCAAACCAUACCUAUGUAGAACAGUUGAAAUCAAAUAGAAACACACCCUCCUGUAUUAUCCUUUUCUGUUCCUUGACCUGGAUGAAUAAUAAUAGAAAUACACUAAGCUUUCAGGUUCCCUGUAUUUAAAUCAACCAUAUUUUGCAAAGUCGCAUCCAAGUCCAUGGAGCUAAUCAGUUUUACUCCAUGCAUGCAUCUGUGGAAACCACUUCUGUGAGACAUACAUAAUUAUUCAAUGAAGAAAUGAUGAAUUGAUGCUCCAAUUUGAUGGAGAUAAAGUUUUUGUAUGAAAGGUUUCAUAUCCCUUCUAUUUUGUCAUGAUGCAGGAGCCAAGAAUCUAUUAGGACUCUUUAAUAGAGCCAAAAUUUUGCCUCCUGUAUGUCAUAAAUCAUAAAGAGCCAAAUUUCUCAAAACCAACUCUAAUAUAACUAAAAGUUAAAUUAAGCCGAAAUGGUCUGCCAAUAACAAUGGAGACUGAAUUUAGAGUGAAGACAUUCUCUUUGCAAGUGCUUAGUAAUUUCUCAUGACAAUAAAAACAAGCCAAAAAAUUGAGAGAAAGAAAAUCUGAAGGAAAAUUUAUCUUCCUCUUAACACUACAAAAUUUCUUCUCCAUCUCUUAGAAGAUUAGCAAAGAAGAGGAAAUCUCUUGAAUAAUGUCCUCUAUGGAGACUGCAACUCUGUCUGAUUCCUGAAAAGAUUUGCUUUAGGAAGGAAAUGGAAAGCACUUCACAAGAACUAGAAGUUAAUUCCUCAAGGAAUAAGCAAUCGAGAUUCAGUAAAUGUACACCUUAUGAUGGUUCUAGAUUAGUGAGUAAACAGAACAAACAGUUAUCUAAUAAAUUUAUGCAAGAUUCAAGAGCUUCAAGAUCAAAUGAGGCCAGGGAGAAAUUUGUGUUGAAAUGCUCCAGAGGUAAAGUUUCCAAUAUUUCUCUCAAGGGCAAAGGAUAUUCACAAGCAAGUGAUGUUGAACAACUGAUGGAGCGUUUGAAGAUUCUUGAAGAAGAAACUGAAGCUAUGAAGCAAACAUUCAUUGACACCAUGGAAGAGAGGACAAGGUUGGUGAGUGAAAUACAUCAGGAGUUUCUGACAAUACACUGUUGCCGGUGCCUUGGAAACCAAGUGACAGGAUUGAAAUCUUGGGAUGGAUCUUUGAUUGUCAAUCCUUUUGACAAGAAGGCUAUAAUGGGGAUUGGUCUGUCACAAAUUCUACAAGAAGACUCAAAUCCAUGUAUUGUCACCAGAGACUACAAAACAAAUAUGCAUUUCAGCUAGCAGCAGCAGCAUCCAUUCCCAGACGGGACUUUUGUUUUUCUUGUGAGAUUACUAGGACUGUAACCAACUAGCAUUGAUAUUUUACUGAAAAUCAAUACCUUUUCCUCUACAACUCAAUAUUUUGGCAAAGUACACUGAAAAUAUUUCUAAUUAAUUAAUUUGGUAUGAUAACACAUUACACUGUCCUAUAUUUGA